AUGUCAUUGGAUCACAGGCAAGAUAAUUCCAUGGCCAAGGGGUCCUGGGAGAGGGACAUUCUCCAAGAAAUGCUAUCGCUUUAUCGUUGGUACGACGUACCACAAAAAACGGAAGAGAACUGCGUCACUCCUUCAGAAGAGUGUUUUAGCCUUCAUUCUUCCAACAACUGUUUGCCGGGAUCAUUGGAGUCCACUGCUACGGUUACUUCUGAAAACUUAGAGCAUGAUAGUAAGCGUAAUCCACCUUUUGAGACAGACACGACAUUUGAGCUACAGCUAGAUGAGAUAAAGGACGAUGCGCGGUGUACUAUGCCAUUAGUUGACCUGGGGUUCAGAGACAUCAUAAAUUGUAAAACUCAAACGGAAGUAAAUCAUGCGUUGAUCAGGGGCAAUGGGGAAGAGAAAGUUGAUUCACAGUACAUUCUAACCCUUCCACAAUCCUCGCACGUGGCCCAGCUAUAUUACAACCCUAACAUAUUCAGUACAAUUGCUGAAAGACAAACGAAAAGAGGAAGUUACCAUUGUGCUCAUUGUUCCGAAAAGUUUGCAACACUGCUUGAGUUCGCUGCGCAUUUGGACGACUUCAAUCUUGAAAGACAGUAUAAAUGCCCUAUACAGCAAUGCCCUUGGAAAAUACUAGGUUUUCAACAAGCAACUGGUUUGAGGAGGCAUUGUACGUCUCAACAUAGAGGAGAGCUUAAUAUGGAGAUGGAAAAGUCAUUGAACCUGAAAGUCGAAAAGUAUCCAGGAUUGAAUUGCCCAUUUCCCAUCUGUCAGAAGACAUUCAAGCGCAAGGACGCCUAUAAGAGGCAUGUGGCCAUGGUGCAUAAUAAUGCUGAUUCAAGGUUCAAUAAGCGCUUGAAGAAAAUCUUGAACAAUGUUUCCAAAUAG